UCUGACAUGUUGGCCGCUGAUGAAUUUCUAAGGUCGCCGCCAAGGAAAACAGUUCGAUUUGGCGGGAGCUUGACAGAGAUUCUGCUAAAAUGGCAAAAGGGAGAGACAACUGAUUUUGAUUUGUUGAAGCAUCAGCUGAAAGAUCCAGACAUAAAAGAUGACCAGAUUAUUAACUGGCUGCGCGAGUUCCGUUCUUCUGUCGCGCUCCUGACAAAGGAAUUUGAACAGCUCGUCGGCAUCUUGUUGAAAAUACCGUGGCUCCAAAGAAGCAAAGCUGUGGAGGAGGAGUACUUGGCUUUCCUGAGCAACCUGGUGUCGGCCCAGACAAUCUAUCUUUGGCCAUGUCUCUCUAUGAUCGUCUCGCACUUUAUUCCCCCUCGAAUCACGAUACGGGAGGAUGACGUGGACAUCUCCGAUUCGGACAACGAUGAUGAAAACGUGACCAGAUCCUUUAGUGCGUGUCACAGAGCGUUGCAAACCAUUGCUGGAUACGUCCCUUUGACACCGCAGUUUCUUAUGCCGGUUCUAACUGAAAAAUUCCCCUUCAUCAAUAAAUCAGAAAGAACUCUGCAAUGCUACGUACACAACAUGCUUCGAAUUAGUGGCUACAUCCCAGUGCUGCGGCAUGACAUUUUGGAGCUGGUGAUUGAAAGGCUGUUAAAGAUGGAUGUGAGCGCUCCAAGGAAAGAUAUUGAUGCUGCUGAAGAGGCUGAAAGCAAGCAAGCUUCUGAGGAAGGACUCUUUGACAUGGAUGAAGAUGAGGAAAACAGAGAGAAGAAUGACAUCAUGGCUCAUCCGAUUGCAGAUCGCCUGGACAUCCUGAUGAUGGUCUUAUUUUCCUAUAUUAAAGAUGUCUGCCAUGUAAACGGCAAGCUUGAUCUUGGGAGAACGAAGGACUUGUAUCGGGAUCUCGUGCCGAUCUUUGAUAAGCUCAUUUUGCCCACCCACGGCUCAUAUCACGUCCAGUACAUCAUGUUCUACCUCUCUAGCUUCAAACUGGGGAUUGCGGAAGCUUUUGUGGAACACCUUUGGAAGAAGCUGCAGAACCCAAACAACCCGGCAGUGAUCAGGCAGGCCGCUGGGAGCUACAUCGGUAGCUUUUUGGCCCGAGCGAAAUUUGUUCCCGUCGUGACGGUGAAAGCUUGCCUGGAGUUACUGGUCAGCUGGCUACACAAGUACAUCGACAACCAGGGCUCUGGGUCCAAAGCCUUUUGCGACAUUGCUCUGCACGGGCCCUUCUAUGCUGCUUGCCAGGCUGUGUUCUACGUGGUGAUAUUUCGCCAUAAGCAGAUAUUGGACGGAAACCUGAAGAAAGGUUUGGCGUUCCUGCAGAGCUUGAAUUUUGAGCGUGUCGUUAUGUGCCAACUCAACCCCCUGAAGGUUUGCCUGUCCUCUGUUGUGAACUUCUUUGCCGCUAUCACCAGGAAGUACCAGAUUGCAUUCUGCGACACCAUCAUCGAGAGGAACCGGAGGCAGGUUUUGCCCGUUGUAAGGAGCAGCUGUGGGGGCGACUCUGUCGAGACCUUUACCAAUCCCCUGGACAGCUUUUUCCCUUUCGAUCCCUACAUUCUCAAAAGAUCAAAGAAUAUAAUCGACCUUUUGUAUCAGUUUUGGGAAGAGCAGAAUGCUGAGGAUCUCACGGAAGCGUCUGACCCCGCCGAUGAGUGCAAAGGUGAAGAAGAAGAUGACUUCCUGAAAGGCGAAACACCUCAGAAUGAUGGUUUGAUCGGCAUGACUCCAGGCUGCUUUGAUUCAGCCCUGCGGAGCCCGGACAGCUCGGUGGGUUCGCCGCCAGUCACUUCUUUGCUGCGGUAG